AUGAAGAUCUAUAAAUCAUUUGCAUUUGAUCAAAACAUUCCGUAGACCGAUUACGAGAAGUACAUCAAUCCUGACGACUUGUUGAAUGAGAGUUUCGAGGAAUUGAAAGGAGAGUUCAAAAAUUACAGAACCAAGAAAGGAAGAGACAUAAUAAAACAAGAGAUGGAAAUGAGAAAGCAACUGCAAAUGAAGAGUAUCACCAUAAUUUAUUGUAGGGAAAAAAAAUUAAUCUGGUUUGGUGGUCUAACAAAAAAAGCAUGAGGACCAAGAUAAUCAAAAAGACAUGCUCGGAAACAUUGGAUUGCUGAUUCGGUAGUAAGAGAGGAAGUGCAAAUAAAUUAAAAAGGAAGUGCAGUCGCGUACAUAAUUGAAUAUAGACAUGCAGCAAACUUUGGUUAGGACUAUACAACGAUGAAACAGAAAAUCCAGUAAUUUAUUUAUGGGGACAAUUUAGGAAGACUGAUGUGACAAAAUAACCAAUAUUCAGUUAAGAAGACUUUGCUAAGUUGAUUCAAAGGGAAGAUGAGGAUGAAUUGAUUCAAACACAAACAAGGACAAUGCAUAAACCCAGAGAGUAUUAAUAUUCUUGCUAAUAUUAGGGGUUUCAAGUCUCGAUUCAUUGAGAAGCAAAUCCCAAUGUAUAAGAAUAUGGAGCAGUCCUCCGAAAUCGAUUCAAAAAAAUAAGUGGACAGCAAAAUAUUGACAAAAUCAAAUAAGACAAUUAAACAGUAUAAUACCUGAUUAGAAUUUACAUAGAUUUGGUCUUUAAUAAUCUCGAGAGUCCCCUUCCAACGCAAUGUUUGAAGGCGAGGCAAAACGCAUAUCAAAAUCAUAUCUCUAUAAGACUUGGCUUAAAGGAGAGGAAGCAUAAAACAAGAAACUCAAAAAGCCAAGAAGGACAGAGUCUUAUCAUAAGGCAGCUGCUUAAAGGGAAGAAAUAAAAAGUUAAUUGAAAGAAAGAGCUUAAGUGGCAUUCAAACGUUAUGAAAGUAUGGGGAAGAGUAUUACAUUUAUUAAAAUCUUAAGCAUGGGAAAAGUUCGGAGUAUUUUCAUAGGACAUUUUGGAUUUCAGAAUGCAAACCUUAAAAGAGGCUAAAAUCUAAAGAUUGUAUUAAAUUAAAAAUUAUCAAGAUUACUUGAGCAAUAAGAGCAUGAUCUUAAGAAGGUCGAAGCGAAUGAGUAAUUUAUUAAUGUAUUUUAAAAGAUAGAGAGACCCGGACAUGCUCACUCGAUUAGUGAAGGUGAUCACUAAACCUAAUUCGGAUAACAAAGAAGAAGUCAAAACCAACUUUGAGUAUCAUGAACAAAGACUUAAGGAUAUGAGAACAAGGACUAGAUAAAUUUAGAGAGCUGGAUUUUGA